UCGAGGCAGGUGUGAGGUUGGUCCGAUCUGAUCCGAUUAGUGGUUGGGAGUGAGCAGUGCAGUGAGCAGUAGAGUGUCACAGAACACGCACACACACACACACACGGUGUUUUGCUUUUGGAAUAUCAGUUUGGAUCGCGAUGGCACGGCUAGGAGUGUUGUGGUUUAUGGCGGUGGCUCUCGUGACUAUGGCCACAGCUGGACCGGUGGAGACCACUAGGAAUCCUUUGAUAAUAAGCGCUGAACAAUUAACGCGAUCCGCGGCCAAUGGAACGGGUUUGUCUGCGAUCGAUUUGAACGAGCCGAAUUUAAAUCAGUUGCCAAAGGAAGAUACCCCAGAGCCUCCUAUUACGACGACUGAGGCUACUACUGAGACUGAGACUGAGACGGCUGAGAGUACUACAGGAACAACAACAGCUGAAAGUACUACUGCAUCGAUCGCACAAACUACUACGACAACGGCUGCGGCAACAACGGAGAGUACUACAGUCGAAAUAACAGUAACUACUACGACUGCUGCCCCCGUUACUACAACUGAAAGCAGCACCCCCGAAUCUACGACAGCUACCACCGAAACGGAAAGCGUAACGACGGAAGUAUCGACCGAAUCGGUUACAGCGACCGAUUCGACGGUGCCCGAUACGACGGUGCCUGAUACGACGGUACUAGAUACGACGGUUACUACGAUCGCAACGGAAACCACGACCAGCGGUACUAGCCGUCUUCAAUCGCUGGCUAGUGUCUUUCUGGUGACGCUCCUGGCAGCCGCCGGUAACGCUCGAAGCAGGCUAUCAUAGAAAGAGGCGUCCCUAGGUGUCAGAUGUGUACUUAAGUUUGUGUUUGUGUGUGUGUGUCAGUGUGUUUCAGUUUUGUGAGUUAGUAAGGUAGAGUAGUACAAUUGCAACUCUGCGAUGGACCUUUGCCUUAAGGUCAGGACAUCGUAUCAAAUGAUUAUGAGUGAAAAUUACCAACCGAUUGUCCGGCGGCACGGGAUUAUCAAGUAACGCACCGUGGUGAGUGUGGUGAUUAGGAGCGAAGAGUAGAAGAACUAAUGCGCUAGGAUGAUUAGAUGCCGAGCAUAAUCAGCCGAGACAACCGUCGAGAUGCGCCUCUGUUUGUCGCGUGCCUGCUUCUCGACCAGCAAAUGGUGGUACGAUGUUGGUGCUAUACUUGGGGCUUGGGGCUUGGGGUUUGUUGUACUGUUGUUACCAGGCGGAAUGCAAUAAACCAGGAAGUGGAGAAUAAAGUAGAUUCGGAAAU